UGCUCCGUGUGUGCAUGCCUGUGCAUUUCAGGCUCGCAGCUGCGGAGUGCACUAGCAGAUGCUCUCCUGAGCUAAGCUGAUUUACUUGCUCAAGAUCUGACCUCAUCCUUUUGCCGGGAUGGGCUCUCCAGAAGAUUGCAACUGAGGGUCUGCAGCUGUGCCAAAGAGAUGGAGAGGAGACACUGAGAAGGAUUUUGUUGGUUUGCUAGAACAACUGGAUUUUGUUUUGGGGUCUGGCAAAGAUGUCAGUCUCCGGGAAGAAGGAAUUUGACGUCAAGCAGAUCCUGAGGCUCCGCUGGAGAUGGUUUAGCCACCCCUCGCAGGGCUCCACCGGCACCGGAGGUUGUCUCCAGCAGGAAGGAUAUGAGCACAGAGGGACGCCGGUGCCGGGCAGGCUGAAAAGCCACUCGCGGGACAGAAAUGGGCUCAAGAAGAACAACAGCCCCAUCCACCACAACCUCCUGGCGCCCGUGCCCGCCGGACCGACCCCGGUGCCCCACCGCCCCGUCCAGACCUGGCAGGAGGACCUCAUCGAACACCUCCAGGGGACGGAGGAGAUGCCCAAGGAGAACGAGGAGAAAGAAGACCCCAACAAGAACACACAGGAGACACAAAUAGUCACAGAAGGGAACAGCGAGGAGGCAGUUGAGAGGCUAUCAAUAAGCAGCAGCUCCUCUCCUGCAGAAGUGAAUAACAAUGGAUCCGAUGAAUACUUCCAUUGUGCAAAUCACGCAGAGCAAACGUUCCGCAAGAUGGAGAAUUACCUUCAGCAGAAACAACUAUGUGAUGUUCUCCUCAUUGCUGGAGACCACAAGAUCCCUGCUCACAGGCUGGUUCUGAGCGCUGCCUCUGACUAUUUUGCUGCAAUGUUUACCAAUGAUGUCCGCGAGGCCAAGCAAGAAGAGAUAAAAAUGGAAGGCGUGGAUCCUGAUGCUCUGAAAGACCUUGUGCGUUAUGCCUACACAGGUAUCUUGGAACUGAAAGAGGACACCAUCGAGAGCUUGUUGGCUGCAGCUUGUCUCCUCCAGCUUUCGCAAGUCAUUGAGGUUUGCUGCAACUUCCUCAUGAAGCAGCUUCAUCCUUCCAACUGCUUAGGGAUCCGAUCCUUCGGAGAUGCUCAGGGCUGCACGGACCUCUUGCAAGUGGCCCAUGUGUACACCAUGGAACACUUCACCGAAGUAAUAAAAAACCAGGAGUUUCUCUUGCUGCCUGCCGGUGAAAUUGCCAAGCUCUUGUCGAGCGACGACAUCAACGUCCCGGACGAGGAGUCCAUAUUCAAGGCCUUGAUGAUGUGGGUCCGGCACGACUUGCACAACAGGCAACGGGACCUUGGGAUGCUUCUGUCUUACAUAAGGCUCCCGCUUCUCUCCCCACAGCUCUUGGCAGAUCUGGAAAACAGCCCCAUGUUUACUGACGACCUUGAGUGCCAGAAGCUUCUCAUGGAAGCCAUGAAGUAUCACCUGCUCCCAGAAAGGAGGUCCAUGCUGCAAAGCCCUCGCACCAAGCCUAGGAAGUCUACCGUUGGCUCUCUUUAUGCCGUGGGAGGCAUGGAUGCCACCAAAGGCACCACAACUAUUGAGAAAUAUGAUUUGAGGACAAACAGCUGGAUACAGAUUGGAACCAUGAAUGGGAGGCGGCUGCAGUUUGGAGUUGCCGUGAUUGACAACAAGAUCUACAUUGUGGGAGGAAGAGACGGCUUGAAAACUUCCAAUACAGUCGAAUGCUUCAAUCCAAUCACCAAAGCCUGGACGGUGAUGCCUCCGAUGUCAACUCACAGGCAUGGAUUAGGUGUAGCGAUGCUCGAAGGACCGAUGUAUGCGGUGGGAGGCCAUGAUGGCUGGAGCUACCUCAAUACCGUUGAAAGAUGGGAUCCUCAGGCUCGGCAGUGGAAUUAUGUAGCAAGCAUGGCAACUCCCAGGAGCACAGUGGGGGUUGCCGCACUAAACAGCAAGUUGUAUGCAGUCGGCGGGCGAGACGGCAGCUCUUGCUUGAAAUCCAUGGAGUGUUUCGACCCCCACACAAACAAAUGGAGCAUAUGUGCUCCGAUGUCGAAGCGGCGGGGAGGCGUCGGCGUUGCAACCUACAACGGGUUUCUGUAUGUGGUGGGAGGUCACGACGCACCUGCUUCUAAUCACUGUUCCCGUCUUUCGGAUUGUGUGGAAAGGUAUGAUCCAAAGACAGACACUUGGACAACUGUAGCUCCAUUGAGCGUUCCUCGGGAUGCUGUGGGAAUCUGUCCUCUUGGAGACAGGCUAUAUGCAGUCGGAGGCUAUGAUGGACACACUUACCUGGACACCGUGGAAUCCUAUGAUGCCCAAAACAACGAAUGGACAGAGGAAGUUCCAGUCAACAUAGGAAGAGCCGGCACCUGUGUUGUCGUUGUAAAGCUGCCAUGACAGACCUUUUCAGGUGUGAAAUAAUACAUGAGCCCCGCUCCACAAAAGCAGAGGAAAUGUAUCCUUGAAAGCCAUCCACACUGCUUUCAUUAAAGAUGGAGAAGUGAAACGGAUGAACCAAUGUGAAGCUCGAGCAUGAAAACAACAUUAUUUCCCCCCCUGCAUUCCAAAGACAAACUCAACAGAUGUUCAAUCAUCGCGGUGACAUUAACCUCCAUUCAUGGCGGAGAGCUGGGUACAAACUGUGCUUUGAAAAAAGAAAGAAAGCGAAAUUGUCGUCAGGGUGUCAAGAACAGCCACUUCUGUGUCAAGAACAGUAAUAAUACAACGGGAUCCGUACUUUUGCAUUUAAUUGCUUGUCUUGUAUAGUAAUAUGGAGAAGAAAGGCGUAACAGGCUCAGAAAUGUCAGGGGGAAGGGAAACAUUAUUUGGAGGGUGUUUUUUUCUUACAAGAAUGUACUCUAUUUGGAGGACUCCAGGAGAAGGAAAAUCCAUGGAGUUGCAAUGGGAUGGAUAGGCAUUGGGGAGAAGUCUGAGGGCUUCGUAUCAGUUUCGAGGUGCUGCAUUUGAUGCACGUACUGCAUUUUGCACACUGUGAUGAAGGAGCCCUCAGGCUGCUUCUGGACUUCCAGUCCCCAAUCUAUAUAUAUAAAAGAGUGAUGGCAUCACGGCAGCGGACAAAGCAACAAAAGUAAACACCCCACAACCUCGAAAAUUGACAUCACAACCCCUCAUCCAUGCCUCUAGGUUGAUACAACAAAACGAAAAGAAAAAUAAAGUCCUAAUUAGAGGGAGAGGAAUAAUUGUUUUUAUCCAAUUGCUGCCAGUUAGAAGGCUAAGCUCCGCUCACUUGGUCUCCUAGCAACCCACUCAGCCCAGGGGACCCUUUACCUUAACUACAGUAGAGUCUCGCUUAUCCAACGUAAACGGGCCGGCAGAACGUUGGAUAAGUGAAUAUGUUGGAUAAUAAGGAGAGAUUAAGGAAAAGCCUAUUAAACAUUAAAUUAGGCUAUGAUUUUGCAAAUUAAGCACCAAAACAUCAUGUUAUACAACAAAUUUGAAAGAAAAAGUACUUCAAUACACAGUAAUGCUAUGACUGUAUUUACGAAUUUAGCACCAAAAUAUCAUGAUGUAUUGAAAACAUUGACUACAAAAAUGUGUUGGAUAAUCCAGAACGUUGGAUAAGUGAGUGUUGGAUAAGUGAGAUUCUACUGUACCACCAAUUCCUCAAUACUUUAUUUCCCAUACCACCAUACUUCGCCACAGCAACGCGUGGCUGGGCACAGCUAGUAAUAUAUAUUUGUAUUGCCCUUGAUUCUGUAUCAUGUACUUAAGAUAGCUAAGUAGUAUCUCCCAACCGGACUUACUAUUAACAGGGUAGCAGCUGCUGCAAGCAGCAGAGGUCUGUGUUGCCGAAGGCUUUCAUGGACAGAAUCACUGGGUUGCUGUGAGUUUUUCAGGCUAUAUGGUUGUGUUCCAGAAGCAUUAUCUCCUGAUGUUUCACCCACAUCUAUGUCAGGCAUCCCCAGAGGUUGUGAGGCCUGCUGUUCCAGAAGCAUUCUCUCGUGACAUUUCGCCCACAUCUAUGGCAGGCAUCCCCAGAGGUUGUGAGGCCUGUUGGAAACUAGGCAAGUGGAGUUUAUAUAUCUGUGGAAUGGUGUCCAGAGUGGGAAGAAGAACUCUUGUCUGUCAGAGGGAAGUGUUAAUGUUGCCCUUGAUCGUCUUGAUUAGCCUUUCAGAUUCAAAGCCUGGCUGCUUCCUGCCUGAGGGAAUCCUUUAUUGCUAGGUGUUAGCUGACCCUGAUUGUUUCCUGUCUGGAAUUCCCCUGUUUUCAGAAUGAUGUUCUUUAUUUACUGUCCUGUAUCUCUCAACGAAGGUUCCCCCCGCCCAGGCAGGAAGCAGCCAGGCUUCGAAGCUGCAAAGCCACAGAUAUCUAAACCCCACUUGCCUAGUUUCCAACAGACCUCAGAACCUCCGAGGAUGCCUGCCAUAGAUGUGGGUGAAAUGUCAGGAGAGAAUGCUUCUGGAACAUGGCCAGACAGCCCGGAAAAUCACAGCAACCCAGCAGAGGUCUGAUCAGUUGAUUUGGAAGCAGCUGAGUAAUUUUCUCAUCUCCAGUGAGUGAUUUUCAGCAUGACACUCAGAAGGGUCCCUAUCACAAUUAUCCUCUAAACACCCCCUGUCUCUCCUUGCUGGCCUGCAACUGCUGUCAGCGACAGAGAUCUGUUCUCCUGUCCACCAGGAAGCAGUUGACUGAUAUUUCCAGUCCCUUUCCUGCCAGCCAUUUCAUUGUUGAUUGAAGCAAAGCGUCUCUCCAUUUGGACAAGUACCUAGCAACAGCUCCCUGCUCCCAUCAUGAUGUCCCAUCAGAGAAGGGAUCUGAGCAACCUAACUUUGGGAGAUGGAUGAGGGAAUAAGCCUUUGUUGACGCUGUGUGAAAUAAAGAAGUAAAAUAUAAAGCCAGUUGUGUAUGGUU